AUGAACCCUGCGAUGAGUAUUGGACAGUUUGUUCUUCGCGUCAGUCGCAUUCAUCCGCGCCGAGCCGACAGGGUCUACUGGUUGGCGCCCGCUCGGCAGACGAUCGGCUUUCUGACGCUUGAUGCCACCUCUCCAACCGUUCCACCCAACACUUGUCGGCAGGACAAGCGUGAUCUGAUCGAGAGCCAACAGUCUGGCGAUGCGAAGAGGUGGGAUUCGGCGACGCAUGCGACUGAGCUCAAAGAUGGUAUGGAAGUUCUGUACCAUACAAGCACACAAAACACACAAGACAGACGAAAAGGCACCAGUUCAGACGAUUAG